AUGUUUGGCUGCAUUCCCCUCACCUUUGGUCGCCAUGAAAGUGGUAAUGGCAGACUUCGAGACAUUCUGUUCUCUCAUUGCACUUUUAGAUUUAAUAAGGCCAAAAAGCCUGAAGCAAAGACCCCCGAGCUGGAGCUGGAGUGUACUGACCUGCCCGUAACCAUCAUACCAUCCGAUAUGAUCCACAAGUCGAACCCAGACAGGAUCGGAAUAUCGGACUUCCCAGGCGAGAUUAGGAAUCAAAUAUAUCUCUAUCUCAGCGAACCUCAAGACACGGAAGCGCUUCUCAAAGUAAUUGGCGAAGAGCACAUGUUAAAUCCAGCUGCCAACAUGCUUCUCUCGUGCCGUAAAGUCUACCACGAGUUUCGGCUUCUUGCAAGGCCUAAUUAUCUCUCCUCGUACAGCUUGCUCGAAAAUCCACACACGUUAGCUAUGAAAAACUGCCCUCUGCCGCUCUCCACCAUCCGCACGCUGAUCAUUCAAGAACAUUGGCAGGUCGUCAAGACGUUCUGGUCAAACAGCAAUGCGUCCGUCUUGACCACGAAUAUCGAUCUCUGCAACGUCGAGAACAUCAUCAUCCAACUUUGUCUGUGUGGCGCUCGUAGCGACAUUGCCAUAGCAUGGAAGGUGGCACACGCCAUGAUGUCCAUUCUCGACAGUUCGACCUAUCAGAGCCUCCAGAAGGUCACGCUGUAUAUCUGCGGCUGCAGACUAUCUCGAUACAGCCUCUCUGCAGCUUAUAGAUCUCAGCUGCUUAAACUUAUAGUGAACAUUUUCAAUCAGGCAAGUCCACGCAUCUUCCAUGGUACCCUUCAAUAUGCACUCCCUACCCCUUUCUCGCAAUUUCUGGCCACCGGAAUCCAGGACUAUAAAGGUGCGGUAACACUUCCCAAUACUCCGAAAGCGACGUUAGAGAGGUCCAGCAGCGACUCCUUGAGGUCCAUCACUCUUGAUCUGCUCGACUCCAUGCAAGCUUGUGGUACCGGAUGCGUUUUCGACACUUCAAGCACCUACCAGCACCCGAUGUAUGAUGCCUCCCGGACGAUAAAGGAUUGA